AUGUUAUAUCUUAUAGUAACUAUUACUGAAGGUAUUCGAUGUGUACUUCCUGAAAAAAUAGUUACAAUCACAAAAGACAAGCAGUUUUCAGAAUUGUAUGAAGUGUUUACCUCUAGGCAGUUUAAUAAUCAAGAUGUCAAAGUUUAUGUACAUCAAAAUAAGACUGAUAAAUGGGUAGAAGUAAGUGAUGGUUUAAGUGGCGACCUUAAAAUUAUGAAAGUCUUAGAAUAUAAUCAUGUAAAAUUUACACUCCUCGUAGAAUCCAUA